UCCAUUCUUACUCCUUUUCCACUAAGAGGAAACUCUUCUCUUCUUUGCUCUUCUGCACGAGAGAAAACUGAGAGGAAAAGGCCAUGGCGCCGAAGAGGGAGCUGGUCUUGGGCAGCGCCCGGGGCUCGGAGUCGGCGAAGCGCCUGCGCGUGGGGGUCCCUGGAGCUGCCUCCGCCGGCGGCAGCGAGAGCGAGCGGCCGGUGCCGGGAAAGCGGCUGCUGCGGCAGACAGUGUUCGUCGUGCUCUUUCUUGUGCGAAUGAGCGAAAAGAUCACGGUGACGGAAAGUAUGUCGCAGAUUGGUCGCAUGGUUCAGAAACUUCACAAGGUUCAGACUCUUAUCAUGAGCAAAUUGGAAAGUUUACAGCAGCAGAUGGAGGAUAUAAGCCAUGAAGUGAAGAAAUUGGCUUGUUUGCAUUCCGACCGACAUGCUGAUCAACACCCAAGAUCAGAACCAUAUCAGGAGGGUGCCACUUUGAGUGAACCGAACGCCAAGAUUCGCCUGCGUUUCCUGGAUGGCCUGAAGACUCCAGUUUACACAGAUAAGAACAUAACAUCUGAAAGCGAUGCGGCUAUCAGGAUUGGCAUCUUUAAUGGUGAUAACAUGAUCAAGGAAGGCCUGCUUUCAAAGCUGAAAAUUGAGAUCCUGGUUCUCCAUGGAGACUUCUGCAACGACUGCCGGGGAAACUGGACCGGAGAGGAGUUCAAUAGCCAGAUCGUGCAAGGCCGGGACGGACACAGGUUUGUGUUAGGGGGUGAUUGCAGUGUGUGGUUGAACAAUGGAGAGGCCUCCUUGGGCAGGAUUCGUUUCAAAGAAGGAUCAUCCAGGACUCGCAGUAGGAAGUUCGUCGUGGGAGCAAGAGUUUGUAUGAGCGAAAAGACUGGUGUUCGAGUCCAAGAAGCUGUCAUGAAGCCGGUCACGGUGCUGGAUCGUAGGAACGAAGCAAAUGAGAAGAGGUACCCUCCAAAACCAAAUGAUGAGGUGUAUCGUCUGGAAGAAAUAGCCAACGAUGGUACUUACCACAGGAGGCUUAAAAAUGCUAAAAUCUACACAGUGGAAGACUUCUUGAAUGCUCUGAAUAAGGACGCGGACGACCUCCGUGUAAGGGUUCUUCUGAUAAAGAAGGUGAACAACUCUUGGGAAAAAAUGGUUAAGCAUGCUAAGGGAUGCUGUCUCACAGACAUAAACGAUAGGAUGAAUGUCAGUCUUCCUCAACAAGUUCCGUUUGACUAUGUGAUGGAUGGCAAUCUUCCUCAACAAGGUCCCUCUAGCACACAUUCUUCUCUGGAUGCAGUCAUUCUUGAGCCGGAUGAGGCUCUUCAAGGAACCACAGCAAACGAAAACCGGCUUCAUGAUAGGAUUGACCAUGUCACUGAACCAUCUCACCACAAUGAGUAUGUUCAUGGUGAUCAGAACACAGUUAAGUCAAAUUAUUACCAAGGUCAAUCCAAUCCAGAAAAUGGCAAUCUUGCUGAACAUGUUCCAUUUAACUAUGUGAUGAAUGUCAAUCCUCCUGAACAAGCUCCCUCUAGCACACAUUCCUCUCUGGAUGCGGUCAUGCUUAAGCCGGAUGAGGUACUUCAAGGAACUGCAGCAGAUGAAAACCGGUUUCAUCAAGUCACUGAACCAUCUCACUCCAAUGAGCAUGUUCAUGGUGAUCAGAAUGCAGUUAAUACACAUUGUUACCAAGGUGCCCCACCCCUUGGCCAGCAGCAACCUACAACAUUCAUGGCACCUUCACAGUUGGAUGGUGAAUUUCUAUGGAUCUUAGAAGGAUCAGUUCAAGGAAACAUCCAUAGCCAGAUGCAAGUUCCCAUAUCCAUGGAUUGUGGCAGUGCCAUGGAGGCAUCAACCUCUGUCCAACACAACCUUCUACCGCAACCAUUUGUGCCUACUCAAUUCCAAGAAAGCAUGCCUGGGAUCCAUUACUCUGAGAAUCCACCUAACCAUGUCUCUGGACCAACGAUAUGGCACGAUGAUCCUAUCACCGAACCGGAGCCUAGCGUUUAUCCUUAUCCUGGGCUGGAUCAUGGAAACUUUUAGCAAGCGGGCACAUUCUGCAGUGCAGUUUAGGCCGUGUAACAUCAUGGUUUUGUGUCAUUUUAACUUAGGUGUCAGGUUGUGAUAUAUGAUGUGCAGUAUCAGGCAUUGUAGACUGUAUGUUUGGACACAAAGUGCUUUGCCCCCAUUCUUUCUAUUUGAUGUUCUAAACGUUGUACAAUGAUGUUGCGUAGGAUCUGAGGGUGUGCUCCAACUUGGACAAAACAUUUUGUUGUCUGCGUGCACCCACUGAUGUUAAAUCGAU